CUACCUCCAUCCCUCUCACUUCUUCACCUUUCCGGCCCGGUGGCUAACCCCAUUGCCAGAACUGUUUCCUCCCAUCACUUACUCAACUCUUGUGAAACUUGUCAGUUCACUUCCUCUUGGGGGGUCCGUGGAAGCCAUUAAGAAAGAAAGCGAGGCAACAAACAAACAGACCCACAUUCACCACCUCCGCUAGUGGUGAUAUGCAAAUAUAGAAACGAGACGAGCUUCGGGGCACAGACGGCUGGAGAAGUCGGUGGCAGAGAGAUUUCAAAGUCCAAAAGGUUCCUCCACUGCUGUCUGCCACCCAAGAGGACCAUGAGCGCUUCCAACAUCACCCAGAAUGCAACAUCAGCGCUAUCGCCCUUGCCAGGCGCGGUAGUUGGCCUAACUGUGCUCUCUCUCGCCUUCAUUCUGGGCUUCCCUGGCAAUGCUUUUGUGGUUUGGAGCGCAGGCUGUGUUGUCCGCAAGCGUACGGUCACGUGCCUCCUCAUCCUUCACCUGGCCAUAGCUGACUUGGCAGUGCUGCUCACGGCGCCCGUAUUCCUGCGAUUUCUAAGCGCUGGGAACUGGGAACUCGGCAAGGCGGUCUGCAAAGCCUGCCAUUACAUCUGUGGGGUCAGCAUGUACGGCAGCGUGUUUCUCAUCGCCCUCAUGAGCUUGGACCGCUGCUUAGCUAUCUCCAAGCCCUUCAUCUCACAGAAGAUACGCACCAAACGUACCACAUGGCUUCUGGUUUUGGCAAUUUGGGUGGCUGCUGUUUUCUUGGCCAUCCCUGUACUUUUCUACAGAAAGGUGAUUUUUUGGGAAAAUAGGUAUAUUUGUUUAAUCCUUCACCCCACAACCAAUCAUUUGAUCUUCCACAAUCUCUUCGAAACCAUCACUGGGUUUGUGGUGCCUUUUGCUGCCGUGCUCUACAGCUAUGGAACCAUUGGCCUACGGCUGAAAGAGACCCGUUUCCGUCGGAAACGCCGUACAAACCACCUCAUUGGACUUAUUGUGCUGGCCUUUGCUAUUUUCUGGCUCCCUUAUCACACGGUGAACCUUCUGGAUGUGGCUGCUGUGUGGAGCGGCUCUGAAAAUGUAAAAGAAGCCGCUAAGAUGGCUAGGCCGACCUUGGUGGCUCUCGCCUUCUUCAGCAGUAGCGUCAACCCCAUCCUUUACGCCUUCAGCGGCAGCUCUUUCAUUCGGUCAGCCGGCUUUGGAUUCAUGGCCAAACUCUUUGAAGGAACUGCCUCAGAAGUGUCCAGCUACAGGCGUGGUACCAGUCGGGACCAUCAGUACCAGGCAGACGCCAAGUUGGCCACCUUAAAUAAUGUGAGUCCCGAGUCUAUGACCAUGUCUACUAACCCAGUGGAGAAUGGAUCAUCUCGAGAACAUGAAGAUACUUUUAAACCUCUCAAGUCACCUUGAAAGCCUACUGUUUUGUGGAGUGGCGUGGAUUCUGUGCAUGCACAAAUGGAUUGUCUGACCCAUCGUGGUUUCAUAUUGCGUGCUAGAAAUGGCCUCUCUUUCCAUCCCUCCCCCACCCCGUUACCCUUUAUCUGAGAUACGCAGGUCCCACACAUCUGUAAUCUGCUGUAUGGCAUGAAGAUUUCAUUUGGAGGCACACAGCUGUCGUAUUGAGAUUUCCCUCAAAGCGCUCGCUCUCAGGCCUAGCAACCAGCUUCCUCAAAAUAUUGCGCACCCAGCACCUCAAAACUGUGACGCCCUAACUGAAAAUGCAUUACAGAAACUACAUAGAGCUUUUUGAUUAUUCAGUACAAACAUUUAGGCACCAUAAAUGGACACUGUUUGGUUAAAAAGCAAGGUCCACAGGUAGCCAAAGAGAGGGCAUUGAACAUAUGGAGUGUCUCACAUACCACAUUAGCCCACCUAAGCAUCUAAGGGUUGUAGCUAUACUCUAAGUUAGAGUAGACCCACUGAAACACAGGUGCCUUAAUUAGCCAUGCUCGUUUAUUUCAACGAGUCUACUCUGAAUAUGACUCAAAUUGGUCACAAACCCGAAUUGCUGUAUUGGCACUUCCUCUCUCUUUGUGCAUGCUGAAACCUGGCCUCCAAUAUUUUAAAAGUUUUUCUUACCUCACAAAAUAUGCUUCAGUUUUUCUAUCUCAUCCUCAGGGUGCUUUAGAAUUUGAUUUCAGUGGGUAUAUGACGGGUCAAGCUUACCUUAGCAGUGAAAGGUGAAAAGAUGUAUUUGUGGGUAGUAUUAACUAAGCUUUACUAAGAACAGACCCAUUAAAAUUAAUGGACCUAAAUUAGGCAUAUUCAUUAAUUCCAGUGAGUCUAUGCUGAAUAAAAAUUAGGUUUGUUUGAUUUACUUCAAUAAAAGCUUUUUUAAAAUCAUCAUCAUCAAUUCAAUAGGCAUAAUAGAGGUACAAAAAAAUCAGUGCAGUACAUCCGAUGGAGACUUAUUAUUUCAAACUUGCCAUAUUUCCAAAAGUGAAAAUUCGGACACAAAAGUUGUUUCCCUGUACAUUUCAGCUGCUUUGCAAAAAUUUCACCCAGACGCCAUUUUUGAAAGACAAAUCCCAGCUAUGUCUGGGAAAUAUCGGGUGUAUAGCAGCCCCAGAAAAUACUCAAGACCAUUAGGAAAACCAGUUUUCCCAUUGUACCACGGAGAGGGAGUCCUAUGUGCCUGUAUUUGUUGUGUAUAAGGCGAAAUCAGGGGACUGGGAGUUUGCACUGCCCUGACUGUCUCACUUCCUCCCUGUUUUCCUUCCUCAUAAGCAACAGUGAUGCACCUGCCCAGAAUUAUGCAUAGUUCCACCUGGUGAGCCACUUCUGCUUUGCACAUUUAGAGGAAAGCCUAGCUGAGGACAUCACAAGGCUUUCAGGAAACGCUGGCAUCUGGGAAGGUUAUAGAUUGCAGAUCACCAGAGAGUGGAUUUCUAGAAUGAAAGCAGGGACAUUCACAAGCAGCCCUCCGUCCCUUUGAAGUAGGGAUGGAUGGAACCAUUAAUUUCGGGUCUGUUUUCAGUUUUACAUGUGCUAAUUCAUAAAUCCUUUCUAUGCUGCAUCUGCAUCAAUCGGCAUUAAAAAAAGCAACCAGUCUGUAUGGAAAUCUGUAUUUAAAUACACACUUAAAUAUGAUUAUAUAAAAAAAUACAUAUUUAAAUACAUAUUUUAUCUCAAUGUACACACUGUUGAACACAUUUUAUAAUAAAAUAUGUAUUUUAAAACAUG